GCAUGUGUCUGGCUCGAGUUAGUACUGGGGUCCGCAGGGGGUGGAGGUGUCAGUCCGGGGGGAAUGUUGGGGCUGUGGCCGGUCGGGGUGUGUGCUUGAGUCUCCCCAUGUGUGUUUGUGUGAUGGUCUGUGUAUGCCGUGCCCGAGGGCUGGGUGCUGUUUAUGCGUGGUGUACCUGCGUGUGUGUGUAUGUGUGUGUGUGUUGUGUGUUCUGUGAGAGUUGUCAGUGGGUGCUGUUUGGGGUUGAUUCCCUGGGUCUGUGUUGCCUGCGUGAGCUACAGUAUGUGGCUGGGAUGUUUGUGUGUUGCUUGAGUGAGCUGGGUGUGAGGGUUUGUGUGCGCGUGUCUUGCCCGAUGUGCUGUUUGUGUGUGCUUGUGUGUCUUGACUGUGUGUACUGUCUGUGUCGAUCUCUAGGGCAUGUGUUUAGGGCUAAGCAUUUGCGAUGGUAUGCCUGCUGAGCGCAGUGGCUGUUUUCUGUACAGGUGCGUGAGCACGCGUGCGUGUGUGUGUGUGUGUGGGGGGGUGUCUCAGGCUGUGUUUGGCUUGUGUGUCUGGCAUCCGAGUCUGGGAAUUGAGGACUCGGUGGGGUCUAUGUGGUGCUGUCAGUGGUGUUACUGGCAGUCCAGGGCUGUGUCUGAGCCUGUGUGUGUCGUGUGUGUGUGUGUGUGUGUGUGUGUGUGUGUUUGGUCUGAGGGGCUUGUCUCUGUGAUCGGCUGGCUCAUGUGUGUCAUGUGGGCUGCGUGUGUGGAGUGUUUAUGUCGGUCACGUGAGACCAGUGUUUUCUGUGGGUGCCUGAGGUGUGCGCGCUGCCACGGUUGUGUGGGAUUAGAGUUGGCUGGGGUGUGUGCGUGUGUGCAUGUGUGUCCGAGGCUGACAGUUGGGGAUGGUGUUUUGAGGUUGGUGGUGGAGGGUUAGCUGAGGUCUGCUCUUCGGCGUGUGUGCUGACGCGUCUGGGUCUGAUGACAGGAGUGUGUAUGUGCCUCAUUUCCAUGCGUCCUGGGAUCUGAGAGUUGGUGAUGGAGGGGUCAUAUUUCGGGUGUGUUGGUCUCUGUGUAUGUCCACGGAUGUCCGUGGGGUGUUGGUAUUUGUGUAAGCCCUGAGGUGUGCAGGUCUGACCUCGUGGGUGUGUGUAUGUGUGUGUGGGGAGGGGCAUGUGUCUGAGAAGGGGGACAGUGCCUGUGUGGUGUGUCUCUGUGUUUGCGAUGGCUGCAUUGUGCGUGUGUGUCCACGCGCAUAUCAACAGUGGGUCAGUGGGUUCUGACAGUUUGUGUAUGUGUGUGCACAGGGAUGGAGGGGCUGGGAUGUGGCAGCCCAUCUGCAUUCUGAUGGUCUGUGUGUAUGUGUAUGUCCAUGUUUUGGUCAGGGUGUGUGUGUGUGUGCAUAUGUGUGUCCUGUACUGAGUAGCAAUCUCAGAGAUCAGAACCAUUUCUGUGCCAAUGGGAGAUGAGGUGGGAGGUCAGGCUGGCCAGUCCCAAGGAAGCCCUUACCUGUGUGGCAUGUACCCUUCACUACCUCCCUCACCCCUCCCGGAAGUAGUAUUUGCCAUUGAGGUCCUGCAUGAGUCCCUGUGCAUGGCCAUCGCUGUGUUCCGGAAGUCAGCCCCACCAGCCCAUGCUCUGGGUGACUCCCAGGCUGGGCCCCAGGGAGCGCCAUGGCCCGAGCACGCCAAGAGGGCAGCUCCCCGGAGCCCGUAGAGGGCCUGUCCCGCGACGGCCCGCGCCCCUUUCCCCUCAGCCGCCUGGUGCCCUCGGCCGUGUCCUGUGGCCUCUGCGAGCCCGGCCUGCCCGCCGCCCCCGCCGCCCCCGCCCUGCUGCCAGCAGCCUACCUCUGCGCCCCUCCCGCCCCUCCCGCCGUCACCGCCGCCCUGGGGGGCCCCCGCUGGCCUGGGGGUCCCCGCAGCCGGCCCCGAGGCCCGCGCCCCGACGGUCCUCAGCCCUCACUCUCGCCGGCGGAGCCGCACCUGGAAUCGCCGGUGCCCAGUGCCCCGGGGGCCCUGGCGGGCGGCCCCACCCAGGCAGCCCCGGGAGUCCGGGGGGAGGAGGAGCAGUGGGCCCGGGAGAUCGGGGCCCAGCUGCGGAGGAUGGCGGACGACCUCAACGCGCUGUACGAGCGGCGGAGACAAGAGGAGCAGCAGCGACACCGCCCCUCCCCCUGGAGGGUCCUGUACAAUCUCAUCAUGGGACUCCUGCCCUUACCCAGGGGCCGUGGAGCCCCAGAGAUGGAGCCCAACUAGGUGCCUGCACCCGCCCGGUGGACGUCAGGGACUUGGGGGGCAGGACCCUCCCACCUCCUGAUGCUCUGGCCAGCGCGGGGGACUUUUUC